GUGUAUGUGUGCCUUUCUGUGUUCCUCUGAGUAGAAUGAACAGUUCGCCUUCAGAGUCGAGAGCAACAUCCAGUUUACAGUUUGGGGUGGUGCACACUGAGAAGACAAGGAAGAAAAGAAAACAGUAAAUAUCAUGGGCCAGCUGUGCUGUUAUCCUUUUGGGAGAGAGGAGAAAAAAAUCAGUGACAAAAAGGGGGCAGAGCCAGAUGAUGCAGAAUUGCUGAGCCUCAGCAAAAAGCUGGUGGAGACUGCAGUCCUCAAGGCGGUACAGCAGUAUCUAGAAGAAACUCAAAACAAAAACAUACAAAAUGAUUGUGGGACCCCAGUGAAAACUGAGGAGGUGGCCAUUGGAAAUAGCAAAGAAAGCGAGAGUGACAUUAGAAAAUGACUGUUUUGGAGGCCAAAGAGGGAGGGCUGUACCACCAACAUCCAUGUCUCUGCUCCCUACUCUUCAGAAUUGUCCUCACUGGAAUGAUGGUUAUGGUUUGCUAUCAGAUAUCCUUUCUGAACUGAGAACACAGAGCUUUACAAGAGACAAAUGCCAAUGCUACUGAAAAUAAUUAUAAAAAGAACUACUGAACUCUGGGAAAGAAGAUAAGACAAAGAGAGGAAAGGACAAGACGGACAGAGAGAUGUGACUCUCCCCCCCCCAAAAAAAGUGUCAUCUUUCUUGUGUUCUUGACUACAGAGUUAUUUCUCCGUUGCUUUCUUUGUGUACCGCCUGCAAGCAAAAGGAAUGGCCAAAGAAACAGUACCUUGAAUUUUGUUCAGCACAACUAAAUAAAGUGUUUUGUUGGAGAAGAAGGCAAUCUGUUGUAUCGAAGAGCAAUCAGUACUGAAAUCUUAAUAUGAACCACAAUUACUAUUGCCCAACAGAAUGUAACUGGAUAUUAAAUCUCAUAUCAUGCUUCAUUUUAAAGUACAAUUUUCACACAAAAAUAGUAUUUUUCUCUGAUUAACAUUACUCUUCACAGUAAAAAAAAAUGCAUUGAAGCAAAAUUAUGUAUGUUCCACACAAUGGCAUAUUUUUGGUAAUUUGUUCCAUAAUAUUUUAAUCAUAUUAAUUGUAUACAAAUGUGUUGUUAUUUUUUCCUUUAGGAAAGAGCCCUGAAACAGAUCUAGUAAAGGAAGCUUUGCAUAGAGAAUUGUUGCCCCUGUUGACCAAAGUGAACCAGAUAAGAGAACUUUUAUCCACACCAUCAAUUCGGAUGAAAAUAUACAAGGAACUGCUUGAACAAGGACAGCUUAGUUGACAGCAUCUCUGAAAAUGUCACUGAUCUUACUUCUUUAGUGUCUUAAUUUUUAACUGCAAAUUAUACAGAUUAAUUUUUAGCGAAGAUCACUUACCUGGUUUGUACUGCUUCUUUUUUUCUUUUUUAGGGGAAGAGACAUACCUGUGUCCAAAUAGUUGAAAGUGAUAGGGAAAAUGGAUUGCAUAAUAUAAGGAUUCUUUUCUAAGAUCCAUCCUAUUUGGUGAGGGGUGAGGAAAUUAUGUACUGUAAAUAGAUACAAUACAUAAUGGACUUUAAUGCUACCAAUAUUUAUCAAUACCUGAAAAUACAGUAUAAUGCUGUAGAAUUGACUGAGAGAAAUCAUGAUUUGUGAUACGAUUAAUCUCAUCCUGUGCAUUUUAUUACUGUGGCAUGGGGAUGUCAGUGGACAAAAUUUAGAUGCAGACUUUCAUUGCUUAGAGUGUAUCAUUUAGUAUAAACCAAAAACUGAUUUAA